UGACGCCGGCGGCACGUGAUGGAGCUCUUCGCGACGUCGUCCCCGCCCACCGCCGAGAACUUUCGCGCGCUCGCUGCAGGCGAGAAGGGCACCGGCCGCUCCGGCAAGCCCCUCCACUACAAAGGCGCCUUCCACCGCGUGAUCCCGCGAUUCAUGUGCCAGGGCGGCGACUUCACGCCGGAAACCGGCACCGGGCGGCGAGUCGAUCUACGCCGCGGCGAGUCGAUCUACGGGGCCAAGUUCGCCGACGAGAACUUCGUCAAGAAGCACACCGGCCCUGGGAUUCUCUCCAUGGCCAACGCUGGGCCCGGUACCAACGGGUCCCAGUUCUUCAUUUGCACCGAGAAGACCUCGUGGCUCGACGGGAAGCAUGUCGUUUUCGGGCAGGUCGUGGAAGGGAUGGAGGUCGUUAGGGCGAUCGAGAAGGUUGGAUCUCAGAGCGGGAGGACCUCGAAGCCCGUGGUGGUCAAGGACUGUGGCCAGCUUUAGGUGGUUUUUGAGUUUGAUGGGGGCUUUUUAAUGGUGGAUUUAGGGUUUGGGUGUUUGAAAUAAGGGUCGGUUGUGUUCUGGGUCUCUCUGUUUGAUUCGGGUCUUGUUCUAGUGUCUGUUUUCGUUUUCGUUUGGGAUCUCUGGAUCUUGGUAUGGGUGUUUUUACGAUCACGCUGAUAAAUAAAUUUUAGUUUUUACUAA